AUGUUGAAAUCAAGUGGAUUUUUCACGGAUCAGGACAAGGCUAACGCAGCCAAUGCUUUCGAGCAUGCCACAAAGACCCUCGUCGAAAAGAAGGCAAGAGAAAAUUUGAGAAAGGAAGAAGAAAAGAACAGACCAAAAUAUGAUCAACCAAGAGAUGUUUUUAUUAAAGACAAAAGCUCGGGAUUGAGAGAAGAUAAACCAAAAGCCGAAAAGAAAGAGGAUAGUGACGACGAGUAUGAUUACUUGCUGGAGCAAGAUGACGAUGAAGAGUUAAGAUCACUAAGAGAGAAAAGGCUUCAACAAUUAAAAGAAGCCAACUCAAAGAAAAUGGAAUUAGUGAAUACACGCCAACACACGAAAUAUGUGGAAAUUGCAGAAGGUGACUUUUUAGAUGCUGUGCUUAAAAGCAAAUAUUGUGUUUGUCACUUUUUCCACAAAGAUUUCGAGAGAUGCAAAAUUGUGGACAAGCAUUUGGGAAUUUUAUGUCAAAAGUAUUGGCAAACAAGAUUUGUGAAAAUUAACGCUGAAAAAACUCCAUUCUUUGUGACAAAACUUCAAGUACGAGUACUUCCAUCGAUUAUUCUUUUCAAAGAUGGUGUGGCUGUUGAUAGAAUCGUUGGAUUUGAAGAACUGGGUGGUAAGGAUGACUUUCCAACAGUCGCAAUGGAAAAACGGCUCCUCAUGUCGAAAACAGUUGGAACCGAUUUGGAAUUGUAA